GCAACUUUAAAAUAACCACGACCUUAGAACCACCUUCCUUGGUUACUCUCCGAUCUACACAUUCUUCUUCCCUUUUGAGCCUUUACCUCUUCACUAGGACUUCAACUAAGUUUAUUAUCUUGAUUCUAUAGCCAGAACUUCUGGAGAUCUCUGCUAAUCACGUGUUUAGUUAGUAUGGCGAAACUCAAGGCACAUGAAGAACUCUCCACUAAUGCGAAUACUAUCAAAGCUCGCAACUGCGUCUCCAACCUUACUGAAGAUGAGAAGGCUGUUCACUUAGCACUCAAGGCUGACCAUGCUGAUCUGAGCUACUACUUAAAGAAGUUAUAUAAGUCUGCAAAGUACAAGACACGUCUACAGAAUGAAUUGAAGGUUGAGUGUAUUUGUGUUCGGACUGAGAAGGGUACCCAUGCAUCUUGCAUUGCGAAUCAGAAAGUCAAGAAUAUUAGCGCCUCUUCUUCUCCACAAGCCCCACCAUCUACUCCGCCCAAACAACUUCUGUCUGAGCUUGCUGCAUUUGAGGCGCGAGAUAUUUUAAAUGACGAGGCUGUUCUACCAGAUGAGCUUUCCGAUGAAGAGAUCACUAGCACCCAGGCUCUCUUAACUCAAGCGCACAUUGAUGCCCAUGAAGAGUCCAAUUUCCGCAAGUGGCAACAUUUCUGGGAUAGCUGUAUCCACUCAUAUACGAGAAAGGCUGGAAAGCUGAGAAAGAAGCCUGAGCGUCUCUUUGAGUAUAUGCCGUGGAUUGAUGUAGAGGAAGGCUUCAAAGAGGCGUUCUUACUUGUCUACUCUAAGAAGUUUGAUAAGGAAAAGUGGGCUAAGGUAUCAGCUGCACAGGAUAUGUUGUUCCUGGAGCUAGAGUAG